AGAGACCCACACGGCCACACCAUUCCCCACUCUCUCUCUCUGUCUUAUCUCAUUCGUCUAGAGAAGCUCGGCCACUGUUUUCCCCAAUCCACAAUACUGCUCCGGCCGAGCGAAAUCCAGGUACACUGCGCUGCUCCGGCCAAAUGCGCUCGCCCCGAACUGCUCUGGCGAUGCCCUCCCUCUAUAUCCCUGCCUCUCUGCGCGCUGCUUCUUAUCCAUCCCCGUGCGGCCGUGCCCCAUGGCUUCUACCGGCAGCUGCAAGGGAUGGCCGGAGAGCGCACUACUGCGGGAGCCGAUCGAAUACGCCGCUGCUGCACCGCCACACGUCUCUGCUAGUAGCAGGGAGACGACGAACUACACAAGCAGCAGAGCAACGAGCGAGAUCGACGAGCCUGACGACAACGGUAAGCUGGAGUCUCCCCCGACGAGCUCGACGAGGAAUAGGACGACGGCGAUGUCUCGGAGCAGCACGGUCGACCUCGGCGCCCUCCUGCCCGGCGUAGCCCCACUAGCAAAACCCAAGAUGCUGUCCAACCAAGUUUGUGUAUCCACAUUGCUUCUGAUGGCAUUGAAAGCUUCUACAAAGGCUUCCUCUUCCUCAUACUUUUACAUGCAAGCGCUGAAAUCAGCAAGUACAUUUGGUCCCUCCUCGUCUUUUUUCUUAUGAGGUAAGUGCCUGAUGGCAUUUUGCAUUAUGUGAAAAGUGCAUAAUCCAUGCCAUGCUUCGGUAAAUACCGCCUGAACUGCAUUACCCAUUGCUACAUCUUGAUCAGUAAAGAUUGUUCUAGGUUGCUUCUUGUUAUGCAAUGAUAGGAACGUAUUGAACAACCAUUUGAAUGAUUCAAAUGUCUCAUCAUAUAAAAGUGCAGCACCAAAAAUGACCAUUUCUCUAAAAUGGUUGAAUCCAACAAACACACCGAAGGGUCUGUACUGUUUGUUUGUCCCAAAUGUUGUAUCGAAAGUAACAACAUCACCGAAAUGAG